CUUUCCACAGGUGCGCACAAAUUAAUUUGUUUUGUCUGUAUUUUUUCAACCCACGUGUUUCGUGUUUUAGUUUGAUAGUGUGUCGCUUCCUGUUCGUUCUUUCCUCUCAGUUGGUUGAGUUUAUCUUUAAUCAGUUGACUUUAUUUCCGGCCUGUGCAUUGAUUCAGCUGUUUUAGGUUCUUCCCUCUUUGCAGUUUGUCUUUUUUCACAGAUUCGAGAACUUUAUGUUUAAAGAAACAUCUCCUGUGUUUCACACAGCGCCUCUCUUCUUUUGGCUCCGUGGUCAUAAUCAUCAUCACAGACCUAAGGCUUUGCAUUGCAUGUGGCUCAAACGGUGAUCAAACCCAACCGCCGUCGUUAUAGUGCCGACCCGGGUCCGGCCCAGCGGGCGGCUGUGGUUCUGGAAGGUAACAGUGCCCCCCUGCUGCCGCCGCCUCCUCCUCAUCCCACGUGAAGCGCGCUCUUUGUCGAGCGGACGUGCUGCGCUCGACGAGCUGCGCGGAACCGCUUAAUUGGACUAAACGGGGUGAAGUGAGGAUUGGAGUCUCUUCCGAGCCGAACCCGGCUGAGUCCAGGCUGGAGGCGGGAUCAGCGGGACAUUACGGCUGUUUGAGCGCCAUGGAGGCUCCGUGCGUCGCGGCGAUGCUGGUCCUGCUGUUGUGUUGCUGGUCCGGUCCGGGACGAGCUGAGAGGGUUUGUCACUGCAGCGGGAAAUCAUUAUGCCACUGCGAUGGGGUCAAAGGUCAACAGGGAGAAUCUGGCUUCCCCGGAUUCAAAGGACUUCCUGGAGGGGUUGGUUACCCUGGAAACGAGGGUCAGCCUGGCCUACCUGGAGAGAAGGGGGAACAGGGAGCAUCAGGAAGUCUGGGACUGAAAGGCUCUCGGGGUCUUCCAGGAAAAUCAGGAUUCCCAGGGCCCCCAGGACUGCCAGGACUACCUGGACGCGAAGGACCAAUUGGCCGUCCAGGAUUCCCAGGAUGCAAUGGGACUAAGGGCAACACUGGUAAUGUGGGAUUCCCAGGAAUUCAAGGUCCUGAUGGAUUACGAGGUCAAACAGGCCAGCGUGGUUUAAAGGGAGACACUGUGACUUUUCCAGUCACCCACGAGAUUAAAGGAACUACAGGACCACAAGGACAAGCUGGAGAAAAGGGACUAAAUGGCAUAUCCGGGGAUCCAGGACCACCGGGACCACCAGGACCUCCUGGACUUCCUGGGAGUCUAGGUUUCCCUGGAGUAUCAGGAGAGAAGGGUCAAGAGGGUCCCAGUCCAGUGAUCCCAGGUCCUCAAGGACAGAAGGGAGAUCGUGGACCCCCAGGAAUUCCUGGACAGAAAGGCAUCAAACUUUAUGCUGAGGGACCUAAAGAACUAAAGGGAGAACCAGGUGAAGCUGGAGAGAAAGGCUGUCGUGGACGUCCUGGUCUACCGGGGAGACCGGGGGAUAAAGGAGAGAAGGGCAAUCAAGGUGACCCUGGCUCAAUAGGGAAACCGGGAAAGGACGGACUUGUUGGAGAACUAGGACGACAGGGAGACCCAGGGGAUCAAGGGUACCUUGGCCCUCCAGGUCUUGAGGGGACCAAGGGGGAGAGAGGAGAUCCUGGUCCUACAGGUCCUCCAGGAGAUACAGUCUGGAAGCACAGAUUUUUACUGGGUCCACCCGGUGAGCCCGGGCCCAAUGGACCUCCGGGAAUACCUGGAGUGAAAGGAAUCAUUGGUUUUCCAGGACUACAGGGCAAACCAGGUGUGGCUGCUCCAGGCCCACAAGGUCCUCAGGGGCCCCCUGGUUCAAUGGGACCCAAAGGAGAACCCGGGGAAGCAGCUCCUCUUGUUACUGGUCCCCCAGGUGAGACUGGAGUCCCAGGAGAUCGUGGAGCUGAAGGAGAACAAGGAGACCCAGGAAUACCAGAUUUGAUAGAAGUAGGCAUUGGUGUUCGUGGAGUUAAAGGUCUAAAAGGCCUGAUGGGGUUUCCUGGGACCAGAGGUCCAGCUGGAGAGGAGGGUGAAAAGGGGGAUGUGUGUGUGGUCUGUCCUGUUGUUUCCAGCUCUCCAGGACCUCCAGGUAUACAAGGAGAGCAAGGUGAACAAGGAAAGACGGGUGUAGACAGCUUACCAGGGCCUAAAGGUGACAAAGGCGAAAAAGGUGCAACUGGGCCACUUGGUUCACAGGGCCUCUUUGGUAUCCCAGGUCUUCCAGGGCCCCAAGGGUCUAUUGGUGACCCUGGAAUCAUGCAAAGGGUGGGCCAGAAAGGUCAAGAAGGGAUCCAGGGGGAACCAGGUCCACUAGGCAUCAAUGGGAUAGAUGGACCUCAAGGAAGUUUAGGAUUGAAAGGGGUUAAGGGACAAAAAGGAAAUCCUGGGCCCCAAGGGCAGAAGGGAGACAUGGGACUCAUUGGGAAAACUGGUUCUAGAGGACAAUUAGGACAGCAAGGACAGCGAGGAUUUUCUGGAAUUGGGGUUCCAGGUCCUCCAGGCCCCCAAGGCAAUGUUGGAGUCCUGGGACAUCCAGGAGAACCUGGAAAGCCAGGUGAAAAGGGUUUACCAGGCAAAAUCAAAACUUCUCUAGGAGAUCGAGGGCAGAAGGGAGAAAAAGGUUUAUCUGGAAAUCCUGGACCUGAAGGUGUGACAGGACCUCCAGGUGAGCCAGGGUCGGUUGGUCCAAAGGGACAAAAAGGAGACAAAGGACUUUCUGUUCAGGGGCCUCCGGGAUUUUCAGGGAUCAAAGGGCUAAAAGGUCUUUCAGGAGCUCCAGGUUUACCUAGUUUUGGUGCCAAGGGACGGGCCGGGCCAUCAGGCCCUCCAGGGAUCCCAGGACCAAAGGGGGAAAAGGGUAUCGGUUUCCCAGGUCAGCAAGGUCAAUUUGGGCCUCAGGGAGAAGAAGGCUCUGUGGGCCUUCAAGGGCUCCCUGGACCUCAAGGAACAAAUGGAGCUGCAGGACCUCCAGGACAGGAUGGCCCACCAGGAUUCAAAGGUCGUAGUGGGUUUGAUGGUUUAUUGGGUCCUGUUGGUCCUGCUGGACUCUGUUUACCUGGAGCUCCUGGACCUAUAGGAGAGCAAGGACCGAGGGGUGUUAUUGGAUUUACAGGGACACGGGGAAAAAAAGGGGGAGAUGGGUGCCUUGGGCUGCAAGGUGUGGGUGUUUUGGGGCCUCAAGGACCAAGAGGAGAACCAGGACCUGAGGGCCCAACCGGGCCAAUAGGAGAAGUUGGACAGAAGGGCCUGGCAGGGUCUAAUGGGAAACCAGGAAUCCCAGGUGGCAGAGGUGAAGUGGGUCCACCGGGACCUUUGGGAUAUCUAGGAGCUAAAGGGAAACCUGGAGAACCAGGACAAUCAGGGCCAAAAGGUGAGACAGGUGUUGAUGGUGUCAGGGGUUUUCAAGGGCCUCCUGGGCCUCAGGGCGACAGAGGAGAACCUGGUGAAAAAGGAAUCCAGACAGUUUUGGAGAUCCAUGGAGAUCCAGGAGAUCCAGGAGACCCUGGGCCCAUAGGUGUCACUGGUCACAAAGGAGAGAAAGGUCGUCCAGGACCCAGUGGCCCUAAUGGCAUCAAUGGUGUACCUGGGAAUCCUGGGCCAAUAGGACUUCCUGGAGACCCUGGCAAAGAUGCCACUGACGGUUGUCCUGGUCCCUCUGGUCUCCCAGGUUACCCAGGAAAGAUGGGGAAACCAGGUUGUCUAGGUGAGAAGGGUGAUGUAGGGCCCAAUGGAGCACCUGGUUUACCUGGAUUUCCUGGAGUGGGAGGUAUAAAAGGUGUUAAAGGCGAGCCAAGUCCACCUGGACCAGGACCUAAAGGAUGGCCAGGAAUGAAGGGGGCUUCUGGGUCUACAGGAUCCCCUGGCAUAAAAGGGCAGCCUGGAGAACUUGGAAACUUUGGUCCUCCAGGAGCCUGUGGCCCCUGUGGCCUUAAAGCCCCCCCCGGACCUCCGGGAUGCAGAGGUUCUCCUGGAUUUGCAGGUGAAAAGGGUCAUGAUGGUCCUAAAGGAAAAGGUGGCCUUCCAGGACCUCCUGGACUCGCAGGUAACAAGGGGGCUCCUGGAGAUCCUGGUCCACCUGGUCCCAGAGGAAACCAGGGACAAGAUGGGAUACCUGGACCUCCUGGGGAGAAAGGAGAAAUGGGAGCUCCUGGAUUUGGACUCCAAGGCCCAGAGGGUACAAAAGGUUCACCUGGGGUUGCUGGGGAAAAGGGUCUACCUGGUUCUUGUGGUCCUCCUGGCCCUAGUGGUCCUGUAGGAGAGCAAGGUUGUCCUGGUCCGUCUGGGCCUCCUGGUCCUCCUGGCUGUCCUGGCAUAGAAGGCAACUGCAUUGAAGGAGAGAAAGGAGAAAUCGGAGUCCCUGGAGAACGAGGGUUGAAAGGCCCCCCAGGUUGUCUUGGUUCUCCUGGUCCUCCAGGUCUAGGUUAUAAAGGAGACAAAGGAUAUAAAGGCUCUACAGGAAACCCAGGACCACGUGGUCCACGAGGCAACGCGGGCCCGCAGGGCAGGCCGGGUCCACACGGCCCACCGGGUCAAUCUGGAGAGAAAGGCUCGUCUGGAGAAAUUGGGAUCCCAGGACCUGUAGGUUUGAGGGGAGAAAAUGGACCAUCUGGUAGCACUGGCCCAAAAGGACCUUUAGGUCCACCUGGGUUAAAAGGACAGAGAGGGAACGAUGCAUCCAUCAGUGUGAUUACUGAGCUAGGAGAUAAAGCCCCUGAUGGAGAUCCAGGACCCCCAGGACCAACUGGACACCCGGGGCCUCGUGGGAGACCUGGAGAUCCAGGUUGUAAGGGCAGCAAGGGAGUGAAUGGUAAAACGGGAUCAAUGGGUUCUUCUGGACCCAAAGGGGAUCUGGGAGAUCAUGGGCCGCCUGGGCAGAAAGGUUGCGCAGGUUCACGCGGCUCAGUUGGUGGUAAAGGUCUAAGAGGUCCUAAAGGUCCAUAUGGGAAUCUAGCAGAACACGACAGCUUCCUGUUCACCAAACACAGCCAGAACAGCUCUGCUCCAGAUUGUCCUGCAGGAUCUGCUGAGAUAUACGAUGGCUUCUCACUCUUGUUCAUCAACGGAAACAACCGAGCUCAUGGACAAGACCUGGGUACAUUGGGCAGCUGCCUGCCUCGCUUCAGCACGAUGCCCUUCCUGUUCUGUAACACGCAGGGUACCUGCCGCUAUGCCUCCCGUAACGACUACUCCUAUUGGCUGUCCACUGAUGAACUUCUGCCUCACAGCGACGAGUUGAUCAAAGCAGAGUUCCUGGAGAAUUAUAUCAGCCGCUGUACUGUGUGUGAGGCCAGAGCCAACGUUAUCGCCAUCCAUAGUCAGACCAGCUCCAUUCCUGCCUGCCCCCCCGACUGGUACCCGCUCUGGGCUGGAUUCUCCUUUGUGAUGGAAACAGGAGUGGGAUCAGAAGGUUCGGGUCAACCUCUGGCCUCUCCUGGAUCCUGUCUGGAGAACUUCAGGAAGAUUCCCUUCAUCGAAUGCCACGGUAGAGGAACCUGCACACUAUAAGACUCGUAUAGUUACUGGUUGGCGGCUCUCAACCCCAGUGACAUGUUCAGCAAACCGAAGCCUCAGACUGACACUCCAGAGUUUCCAGGGAGCCUGAUCAGCCGCUGUCAAGUCUGCAUGAAGAGAGUGUGAACACCGAUUGUACUACUGUAAAUACUACCGCUGCUAACACUACUAAUACCACUACUACUGAUGCUCCUGUGUGCUCACGCCAGCAGUGAGAGGGUGUAUGGACUGAUGCUUUAAUCUGAUCUGAACAUGUUCUUAAAGUCACUGACUGUAUAAACCAGAACCAGUUGGUCAGGUGUGACCAGGUGUUGGUUGUUUUCUGAAGAUGCGUGUUCAUCUUCAGGUCCAGCAGCAGCACCGACCUGCAGUGUGAAGUCCAGAUCUAUCCGUGCCACUGUGUGAGCAUCUCCUCUUGUGGCUCCUCUCAGACCAGGAUGAACUAAAAAGAAACAGCAGGUUCUGACCGGUUAAAACAUGGGUCCAGAAAAUGAGGAUUGUUUUCCCAGAAACCCUGAUUUCUGAUUGGCUCGAUUAAGCCUUUUCAGGUGUUGUCCGGACUGACAACCUGUUGUAGUUAUUGUAUUGAUACUACAGGUACUACUAAUAUCUGUGCUACUGCUGAUUGUUACUAACAAAAAUGUACCCAUGGAGAAGAUAUGAAGAGUAAAAGUACUGCCCUCCAGGACAAUAUGGAAAAUACUCCGCAGUACUUUAACACAAUACGAAGCUACAGUAUUACUACACUACUAGUGUAUGUACUAGUGGUCCUUCUUUUGCAGUAAUAAGAGCAAUAUCGCUUGUAGUACUACUAUUAAUGGUACUGACAGUGUUCUGAACAUAAAUGAGCAUCUUGUAAAAUUAGUCUAUUAGUACAUCAACAAAGUAAAGUACAGCCAAUUACAGUACACCUCACUCCCUGAGUAGACAUUACUAUUACUAUGUUACUGCAAAACAAUACUCUUAUAUGGUGAUGCAAUCAUAUGUCUUUAUCUAAUGAAGUGCUGUCACUGCAGUACUGCUUCCACCACUUUGACUGGAGCUGCAGGACAUCCCUCUGCAGAACUGAGGACUCUGUUCAGUUCAUCUAACAGCCGCCUGGUGGCGCUCUAAGGAAAACAGCAGAUUUUAAAUGAGGACAUUAAACUUGAUGUUCAGUAAAGAA